AUGCUGGCCCCAGCCAGACCGGAGAUUUUGCAUGGCGAAACUCAUUCAUUGAAACCAUCAUCCUCAUCCACAGCAUCGGUUCAUUCAAAGCUUCCCAUUUUCGCAGCACCGCAAUCACCGCCUGUCAUUGUUAACUCUCAUUCGCAUCAGCGUUUACAAUAUCCGCAUCUGCACCACGCACACCAUCCAUUUCCACAUCCACACCAUUUUCACGCUCAUACUGCACAGCAACUGCAUCACAAUCUAACUAGUAAUCUUCCAGCGCUGGCGCAAAAAACAAUUAGCCUAUCCGAAUAUCUGCGUCCCCCACAAAAUGCUCCGCUCUUCCAUCCCGUCAAGUUGCCCGGACGUCGACCCUUUCCCGGCCCCAUCAAGAAGGUGCCUGCCUCUAGACCAGUGUUGCCGCAACAGCAUCCGCCGCCUGGUGGACUGCUUCCACAGUCAUCGUUGAUUGUUAACCACUAUCGGAAGCCCGUACCCAGCCUGCUGAAGUCCUUCCUUAAGGAGAAACACUUUCCCAUACAGCCGAUAGCUGCUUCGGUCUUGUUAUUAGGUCAGCCAACGGAGCUCAGCGGCAUUGGACAAAGAAAACCCGAUGCCGCAGAGCGUGCCAAAAUCAAAGCGAAGCCCGUUAUCCCGUUGCCCGUACCGUAUGUAGACCUAGAGCCUCAGGCUUCGCUCAAGACCACUUCAUACUUUAAGUCAAACAACAAUGUGGAGCAGCCAGUUUUAAGCAGCACAACAACGACAAUAGUGCCAAUUAUUAAACAUCCGAUCCCGGAUGAGCCAUCGCCCCAACAAAUUGCCAGCAUGCGUCCGGCAGUUAAUCAAGGAUUUAAGCCAGACUCCGUUGUGGUUGAGAGCGGCUUCCGUCCGAUUGUGCGUAAGGAUGGCAAUGGCGUAAGGCUUCCGCCGGAGUUGAUUGACCAGGUAGCUCAUAGGCGCGAAGAUCCAGGCUCUGAAAUCGACGAAGUUAUGGAAACAGACACGCUUUUCCUAACCGCACAAAGUGGCACCGAGACCCAGAGCUUUGAGCCCAUGUUUAUACCAUCUCCCUUGGACAGCACCAAUGCAACAAUGCUAGCAUUGAGUACUAAGGAAGAAGUCAUUGAGCCUGUCCCAGAGGUUCCAUCUCCACUGAGAUUACCCUCAGUGGCAAUCAAGCACACACUCCCAGCGGCGGCUGAACUUAGAAAGCCAUCGCUUGAGGAGCUAUUUCUUAACGGUGACGAGGAUGAGGCGCAAAGUGAAGCAAAGGGACAAGAUGAACGUUUGACUGCAACAAAUCAGCCAAAUGUAAUUGAAAAAGACCAAAACUCUUCAGAAACAGCAAUUGCAGCCGAUGAGGAUAUGGACUAUGAUGACAUAGGUAGUCUAUUCGAACCAUCGGCGGAAGAGGAACACCAUAUGCAGGACCGUUUAGAUGAGGAUCUGGAAAUGGAUCCAGACGAAAAGAUAGCUGAAGCAGCCGAACGCAUUGAUACAUACUACUUGCCACCUGACAACCGGAAGGUACCCCAAUCUGGAGUUCCCAGCGGUGCCGUUUACACCUUUGAUGGUAAAUCUGUAGUGGACUCCACUUUGGUGUUGCCCCCGAAACUGGACGGUCGCGACAGCGGACACUCGCGUCACACGCAUUACGGUCUAACCCCAUUGGAGAAGCUAAUACGUACCACUCCACAGUUUGGUGCCUACCGCGGGGAACUGCCAGAAGAUUUCCUCUCGACCACUCAGGCAGGUGUGCAGCCGGAUCAUACGAAUCCAGUGCGUUUAAGUAGCAGCAGCACCGACAGCACCCUUCAUUCACAUUCAUCGCCAUCACUAACAUCGUCAUCGCGGCCCAUUUCGACCAAGUUGCACUUGCUCAAGCCCAACAUAAAUGAAAAUAGCACGUAA